CCCUAACUCCGCCACGGGCGUCACACGCACAGCCACUUCCGCUAUACGCAGGGAAGUGUCUUCCGCAAAGCCUGCGUCUUGGGGUUCCCGGCGUCCGCGCCGUCGGCUUCCGGUACAAGUCGGGGGGAAAAUGGCAGUGGUCACCGGGUUCCCGGCUCUGACGCGGAUGCUUGCUCUGUCACAGCGCCACCUAGCGUCCCCUUGGCUCAGCAUGACGUCAUUCAGCCGGUUCUACAGAGGGGACAGCCCGACUGAUUCUCAGAAAGAUAUGAUUGAAAUCCCUUUGCCUCCGUGGCAGGAGCGAACUGACGAAUCCAUAGAAACCAAGAGAGCCCGCCUGCUCUACGAGAGCAGGAAGCGGGGGAUGCUGGAGAACUGCAUUCUGCUCAGCCUCUUUGCUAAGGAAUAUCUGCACCGCAUGACGGAGAAGCAGCUGAACCUCUAUGAUCGCCUGAUCAACGAGCCCAGCAACGACUGGGAUAUUUACUACUGGGCUACAGAAGCAAAACCAGCCCCAGAAAUAUUCGAGAAUGAAAUCAUGGCGCUGCUGAGAGACUUCGCUAAGAACAAAAACAAGGAGCAGAGGCUGCGUGCCCCAGACCUCGAGUACCUCUUCGAAAAGCCGCGUUGAGCUGCUGCAGGAGCAGGGGCUCGGCCCGCAGCCCUAAGUGCUUGUCCUGGACGCCGGCUUCGCCUGCCUGCUUCUCCUUAGACAUGCAGCCACCCCCUCCUCCCCUGCUGCCCCACAGGACUGGCCGCCUCUCCCUCAGGACGGGCGGACGCUCAGCGUCUCACUGCGGCACCUUUGUGCUUGCUUCUCGCCUCCCCAGGGGUCUGGGCGUGUGAGGGCCUCCUCUGGCAGCCCGGCUGUGUGUGAGAUCGCCUUUAUUUCUUAUUUAUUCAACUUCCAAAAUUGCUUUUGAAAUUAAGAUUCACCUACAACCAGCAAUGCUGAAUUCACUUUCACUAGUUUUUCUGAAAUCCAGUGUUUUAAAAAGGAGCAGAUUUUGUGUUAUUUCAUAAACGUGUAUGCAUUUUGCCUAUGGAAAACACAGUGAUUAAAGAAAAACUGCAAUAUUAA